ACUGUUUGUGUGCAAGUCAGACGGGUGAGAGCGCGUCAUUGCGUUCGUGUGAAGUGCAGUGUGGUGGUUUUCGCCAUGCGUGAUUUAGCCACCAAAAUGGCUGAAUUGAAAUUCGAGGCCCCCCUGGCCCAAUUCGAGGAAUCCGACGAGUGGGGCUCCACGGAAUUCCAGUCGGCCAACCUGAAGAACGAGAACGCAAUCAAUAACAUCAACUGCAACAAGAAGAAACAGGACAUAAACGACGUGUUGAAUGAUUUCAACGAAGACAUCCUGAAUAAUUCGAUGCCGAACGUACCCCCGAAGAUAAUCAUGAGGAAGGGUGAUACCCCCUCCGUGGCUGACAAUUUCACGGAGACCUUUUCUGGAUCUCUCGAAGAUCUGGUCAAUACUUUCGAUGACAAGAUAACGAAGUGUUUCGGGAAUUACGAGGAAUCGGUGGAGACAUUGGCACCUGUUCAAGUGAGGAGUCAGGAGGAGAUAAUGAACGAAUGCCAGAUGUGGUGGACUCUCACGGGAAAUUUUGGAAAUAUACUCCCAAUAGAUUGGUCAAAAUCUUAUGCUAGAAAACUGCAAAUAAAUGCUCUUCAUCUAGAUCAGGAGCCCCGAACCCCCGAAGACGACCCGGACCUGAGCUCCGAAGACGAGGCGGUGGCCGGUGACCUUGACAUGCACGCCCUCAUUUUGGGCACCGCGGGCGCGCCCCACGACGUCGAGCCUCUCAAGACGGCCGACGAGGUCAUUCGAGAGAUCGAUGACAUGAUGCAGGAGGACGACGAAGAGGCGGAGGAGGAGGAAGAAGCCAGAACUGCGAGGCUGGAGAGCCGCGAAGUCAUGGAGAAGGCCAAGGAGGUGCUCAGCACGCCCUUGUACGAGGACAAAUUACGUGACUUGAGCCUAUCCCAGCUGAACGAGCUAUUCCUCGAGCUGGAAGUGCUGAUAAGAGAGUUCUCAGAAACGCUGAUCUCAGAACUGGCCCUGCGAGACGAACUGGAGUACGAGAAGGAGCUGAAGAACACUUUCAUCUCGCUGUUGUUAGCGGUGCAGAACAAAAGGCGGCAGUAUCACGUGGAGAAAAAGAGAUCCGCGAAAAAUUCUGCGAUGAAAAAUUCGAAUGGAUUGGACCCGAAGUAUUUGACAACUGUUAUUCCAUACCAUAUAGAUAGUGGAACUCCAGAUAAUCAAACUCUCCAAAUCCUAAUCAAAAUACUGAAAGCCAUCAAUGAAGAUAGCCCUACCGUGCCCACUUUAUUGACAGAUUAUAUACUGAAAGUUUUCCUGAGAGAUUGGCCAUGUUGUAUUUACUGAUGGUUCGAUGGGGAUGUUGGUUUUAGUAUGAGGAUUUCCUUCACGUAUCAAAAGAACAAGAAAAUUACCCUGUAUAUUGAAUAAAACGCUCGUUUUGUAGCCUGCAAUGAAUCCUUUUGGUGAGUAUAACUAAUGUGAAUAUGCAACACAGCAAGGAAAUUGAGGUUGAACUUCUUCAUAGUAUCUUCACACCAUCAGUAGUAUAUCUUUUAAUAGUCUCAAAAGUAGCUUUUUGUUGGAUCAGUUCAAGUAAAAAAUACCACUUUCAUUAACUUAUUGGAAUCUACACCACAAAGCAAGUCAAUUGCUCUUAGUUCACCUCAUUUUUCUUGGUGUGUUCAUGAAUAUUUAUAUCAUGUGUUUUGAAAACCGGAAAGAUGUGAUAUUGACGGUUUCAGAAGAAUACGAAAGUAUAUAAAUGUAAUGUAUUCGUGGAUAUAUUUUUCCUGCAAUGUAUAUUUUAUGUUAUUUUCUAUUUCAAUAUGGAGGGCAUAAGUGUUGGAAUUCGAUCAUAUAAACAUUUUUAACAAAAUUCAUUCACCUACGAACUGGUAGCUCUUACGGAAAUAUGUUUGAGAAUGUAUUCCAGAUUAAUGCAGCUUGGAGUAUGAAAAAUAGAUGUAAUUGUUGAUUUUUCCAUAACCAACGUUUAUUUCCUGCCGUUGAAAUGAUAUAUCGUAUAUAUACAUCUGGGUAUCGAAGAUAAUGAGAAAAUGACUGGAGACGUGAUUUUGCUUUCAAAAUCAGUGCAACGAGCUCUCAUUAUAUAAUUGUUCCGAAACCUUGAAAGUAAUAGAAUUACGCAGCUUCAAAGUUCGAUUCUCUCCAAAUUUGGAUGGAGAAUAAAAAGGAACAGUGGUGAUUCGAAAAAAUGUUAUAGAAACUUGCUGCAUUAAUUCUAAAAGUAGAACCACCACUCGAUUUAUUUGCUGAUGAUUUUCAGACACCCUAUCUAUCGUUAAAGUAAGAGCAAUAGCCACAACAGUUGAAUACAGAAAUAAUAAAAUAUAAUGACAAUUUCUAAUGCUAUCUGCUAAUUUUUCAUGCAAUUGUUCCUUUAUUUCAGUUAUAUUUAUGAUAAGUGAAUGUGAAAUGUUCUAGAUUCUGGUGUAGUACAUUGUUUUUAGCAUUAUAUUACAGAUAAUAUUUUUUAUAAGAUAUAAUGUGAUUGUUUCAUAUUGUCAUGUGAAUCUAGAAAUAAAGAUUGCCUGCUCUCGAAAAUUGUAUAAUGUUAAGGUGACAAAUGAUGCUUUCAUGAUUCUUGCCAUAUUAAUUUAAUACUUAAUUUCAAUGAUAUUUUAUUUAUUAUUAGAAAACUUUACAUGUUUCAAGAAGCAGCAUGAAUUUAGAUCUCUUGAAAAUAAAACUUCCUCUGACAUAUU